AUCUAUUUCUGCUCGCUCUCUUCAUCUUUGAUUGCUUAUUGAUGACGAAGAGAUUCAGAUUAAUCAGCGAAGAAGAAGAAGACAUGGCUUCCUCCAUAUGCACGGACAGCUUCAACAUAGCAAACGUUCUCAUGCUUCUAUCCAGAGGCCACGGCGCAGCUGCCGGCGAUGCCGUCUCCCCCGUCGCCGCCGUUGCCGGACGUGAGACGCAGGAAGGAAAAGUGUUCGAGUGCAAAACUUGUAGCCGAAAGUUCACGACUUUCCAGGCGCUGGGGGGCCACAGGGCCAGCCACAAGAAGCCUAGGCUGGGCGGCUCCGCUGCCGCGCCGGAGAAGCCAAAGGUACACGAAUGCUCUAUCUGCGGGCUGGAGUUCGCCAUCGGCCAGGCGCUCGGUGGCCACAUGAGGCGGCACCGCCCCGCAUCGGAGAACGUGGUGGGUCAGUUGGGUGGGCCGUCGAUGGAAAAGAGUUCGACCCAGAUUGAUUUGAACCUGCCGCCGUUGGAGCGGGGGGAGGAGGAGGAGGUCCGGCAGCUGCCGAAGUUGUUGGGAUUCACGUUGACUCCUGCCAUGGUUGAUUGCUUCCAUUGAUUGAUAUGAGCUGUUCUGUGAUCAAUUAAUGGGGGCAACAAAUCAGCUGACGAUUAUUUAAUUUCUAUUGUAAUUAUAUACAGUAUUUAAGCAUCAUUCAUAAUUUUUUUUUUUCAGUUGUGUAAAGUAAAA